GCGCAACGCAGAGAAGCGCCCCGCUAAAAAAAGAAGGCGCUCCAGCCUCCUGUGAAAGCGCUUCGUGAUGGGACAGCUGACGCCGAAGACUGAGGAGCAAGAAGCCUGGCGUCGCCUUCGCCUCUGAAUCAGGGCACCAGCAUUAGCGGCGCCAAUGGCACGAGUGCCAGUUUGCUCUUUUCCUCAUUUUCCGAUCCGCAGUCAACUGCGUCUUCUGAUUUGGUGGCGGCCAAAGAGCCCUGCGCCCGCAUUGCCUGUCGCGUCGAACCUGCGCCCUCAAGGCAAUUGGCACCCCGCACGCCCCCCCAUUGAUCCGAAGCUUAAGCGAAAACGUGCAACGACCAGCCCUCCUGCGACCCUGCUCCCUGCAUGGGCCUCCUGCGCUAGCGCCUCCGCCGCCCCCCCCGGCCGCAAUGGCUUCCGGCGCCACCGAUGCGCAGACCGCGGUCGCAAUGCGGGCCGAUGCGAUCCGCCUCAAGAAGAUGCAGAAGAAGGCGGCAAAGGCGGACAGCAGCAACCCGCUCUUCCUGCCCUCGCCCAAUCUGAUGGCAUCUGCCCUCACGCACUUUUCCGGGGGGUCUUCCAAGGGGAAAUCCAAGAGCAAGGGCACCCCCCGCCCCGCCGGCCACUCCACCACCCAGCCACAGAUGUCAUCUCCCGCACUCCAGAAGAGCUUCAGCAUGCCUGCUGCACAUCCUGGAAAUGCCGAGAGGCAUGCGGCGCUCCUCAGGGCGGCUUCUGCAAACCUCCCUCAGACCCGCCUGUCGCCCUUCUCGCCGUCGCCACCCCCCAUCGACGCGGCAUUGGCCGCGCUCAAAGCGAUGCCCAGCUUCUCUUCCCUCCUGGGCUCCGCACCUCCGCUGUUCGGCGCUAACCGAGGCGGGUUUGCUGCUGACCCAGUAGCCAACAUCCUGUCCCAGCUGCAGACCAACGCGCGGGCCGAUCAGACCACGCAGCUGGUGGCCGCGCUGCUCCAGACCAAUAAGAGCGUGCCAGGUGGCGGCGACAUGCUGGACACUGUCGCGCAGCUGUUGCUCCAGCGCUACGCGGCGCAGCAGCAGCAGCAGCAGCAGCAAACCCUCAUCCAGCAGCUGCUUAACCCAACCCCACCCCCGCUUUGGCAACAGCCCGAGACGUUCCAGAUUCCGGAGCACGACGCCUCGCUCUCUGGGCCGUCGGAUUCCUCUGAAUCCGACGGCGGGUGUCCUCCCAGGGGGUCCUCUUCAGACGAGUCCGGCGACGAGUGCCUUCCCCAGUGCGACGCUGGAGUGUCAAACAGCGACGGGUUUGAGAGUUGCUCGCUGAACACUGAUGGGUGGGGCUCUGAGUUGUGGCCUGAGGAUGACAUGUCAGCGCUGGACCAGUUGUUGGGGAGUGGUAUGGGGUCGCUGCCGGAUGCCAACCUGGACCCCAUGACUUGGCCUGAUGACGGUUCUCCAAGGAACUGGGUCCCUACCACUCCUCCAACCACCAAACCUGCCCUCAACCGCAACAGCUUGGCUGAUGCCAACUCGGCUGUCGGCUCUCACUGCUCAUUAGCCCAUUCCAACGCCUCUGUCGACGCUCUGAUCAGUGCUCUCGUCGCGGGCUCCUCAGGACUGGCCACCACCAUUCUCCCCCCCCAGUACCCAAGCACUCCCGUUCCCGCCUCCUCCUUCAACCCUGGCAGCUACGUCGAAGCCGUCGCAUCUGCUGCCACCCUCUCGACUCCUCCCCCCCGCUCCGCCUCCCCCCAGAGCAUGGAGGCCCUGGUCGGGCUCGUCGAGAGCUUCGUCCAGCAGCAAAACACGCCAACCCUGCCCUCAACAGGGCCCCUCCUCUCGUCCCUCUUCGUCGACGAGAAGCCGCUCCCCAAAACCCCCCCGCCCAAAACCCCCACCAAACCCGCGAUGGUUAAGGCUAACCUGGCCCUGGUCAAGGUGGACCCGGCCCCCAGCUCGGGGGCCCUGUCGGCAAUGCCCUCGGAGGCGAGCGGGCUCACGGAGGCUGGGAAACCCGACGAACAGGCGCUGAAGCGGGGCCCCUUCUCCGAGGAGGAGGACCGGCGCUUCCUGGGCAAGUUGGCCGAGUACGGGCGCAAGAUCACGUUCAAGAAGAUGACCCAGUUCUUCCCCGGCAGGUCCGAGCGCCAGCUCCGCCGCCGCUGGGUGCGCCUCAAGCGCAAGCACAACAUCGUCACCAUUUCGGGGGUCCAGGAAGUGCUGGACCGGCUGCCCCCCAUUCCGAGCGAGCCCGGCCCGAUCACGCUGGAGCAGCUCGUCGACUGCUUCAAGCUCCCGAUGCAGGACGCGUGUCAGAAGCUCUCGGCGGGACGCCCCCAGGUGCUGACGACGCAGCGCUUCCGGCAACUGUUCCAGAAGUACGGGAUUGCGCGCUGGCCGUACCGUCAGGUCAUGGCCGGCCGCCCCGUCCCCGAGAUCCUCAAAGCCGCCGAGGAGGAGCGCGCGCGCCGCAAGCACCUCGAAUCCGAGUGCUCCUCCGCGCGCAAAGCCCUCGGCUCUAGUUUCCCCAACCCGUCAAACCCGUGGAACCUCCCCGCAACCCCUCCCGACAACGACUCGGAAGACGGUUGGGGCGGCGCGGUGUCCGAAUCGGACGACGAGAGCUCCGACUCGGACGACGACCUUUUGGACGCGGAACUGGACGCGCCGGACCGGUCCGUGACGCCCCCCCCGGCGCGCAACAACUCUUUCGGGGGGUUCCCGGCGCUGCCGCAGGGGUCCCCCCUGAGCCGGUGCAGCUCGGUGGUCGCGAGCCGCAAGGCGGGGAUCGCCGUCCCGUCGUAUCUGAACUUCUCCUCUCCUGCCAAGGAGUCGUUCCGCGGCGCGGAGGAGAAGGGCUCCAGCAAGGGGGGCAGCGGCUCCCAGGGGAAGUGCCCCCCCGUCCCGGAGGCGGACGUGUUCAGCGACAUGGCGGCAGCCAUGUUCCUGAAUGACGCCAGCGACGACGUCAUCCCCGGGGACGAGCCCGAGUGGCAGUGCCUGAGCAUGCUGGUGGACGACGAGGAGGGCCCCAGCGGAAUGAACGGAACGGACGGAACGGACGGUGGGGACGUGGGCCACAAGCGGACGGCCAGCGAGGCCGCUGACAUGGCGCUGACGUCGGAGGAGGGCGCGCAUAAGCGCGCCCGGUCCUGCUAGCGGAGCAGGCUGUACCAAUUCCGCAAACCUAGAUCUUAACCCCUGCUAGUUAGCGGUAGGCUUUGGACUUAACUACCAAUAAAACCUAGGCGGAACGUCAAAGGUCGCUUGACUCCGCCUGCGCCCCCCGGUCUCUCCCCCACAGUUUAGCUUUGACCGAAAACGUGCCAGCGGGGCGGUUUUUCCGGGCGACUCUGCGGUUUAAUACGUAGGCGCCGGCCGCCUGUAGAGGUGGACCGGCAUAAGUGUUGCAUGGGUGGCUCGCGAGUUUUAAAGCUUUGCUUGUGUACGGGCGCCGCGAGAAUUGUUGUGAAGCAGGCUAACUGUACGUUAGAAGUUUCGAAUAAAGUAGCCCGAGGUCAAUAGACGAAGAUUGACGAGAUGGGCCCAAACCGGUCAGAGUUAGUUUCAUGUAGUAGCAUAGUAUGGAGCUGAAAACAGACAGCUGGAACCGACACGUAAUUAACGUUGAGUCAGAGACCGUCAUGGCCAGCCAACCAGAUUAAUAUGGUCUUUGGACCGACCACAAACAGGGAUUCUCAUCUUUGCUGAACGUAGCCUAAUUCGUUUUUCCACG